AUGACGGUAACAACCUCAACCAAAAAAGCUUUUUACCCUCAGGCCUUAUCAACGGGGUUAUCAGUAAGGAUUGCGAAGGAUCCUGACAACAGCUUGAUAGUUACCUCUGGCCCAACAGGUAGGUCGGCCAAAAGAAACACUCAACAGAUCAACUAUGCAGAAUUCGAUAAUUAUAAUGAUGACCUUGAGUUUGAAGAAAAUCCAUCAUCAAGUAAAUCAAUAGCUGCUUCUUUGAACAAUCAACUUGCGCCUAAUAGCCAGAAGCUUAUGCUAAAACCAGUUCGCGCGACACCUCAAUUAAAGAACAUAACAGAGUUACUGAAUUCAAGCGACCUAGCUCAUAGAAGUGAUCAACUCAUUCCUAUAAAGAUUAGUUUAGAUUACAAUGGGGGCAAUUCAAAGCUAGUGGAUUUUUUUAUGUGGAAUUUAAAUGAGCUAGUGAUUACUCCCGGUCAAUUUGGAACAAUACUUUGCAAUGACUUAGAAUUGCCAUCCUCAUUGGAACCAGAAAUAGCUGAGUCUAUAACCAAACAAGUUGAGGAUUAUAAUUAUGUUUCCUCUUUGCAACUUCCCCAAAAUAUGGAGUUUCACGUCAUAAUAGAUCUAGCAGUGAACUUAAAUAAAAAGCUUUAUGAAGAUAGAUUUGAAUGGGAUUUGGCACAAAAUCUUGUCACUCCUGAAGACUUUGCUAAUAUAGUCGUGGCCGAUAUGGGCCUUUCUCUUGAAUUCAAGCCUGCUAUUUCGCACUCACUUCACGAGGUGAUUCUAAGAUUGAAGAAAGAAAUAAGUGAAGGGACCUACAACCAUGAACUUCACAAAUAUCAACAAUUGGGUGGCUUGAUCUUCGAAAGCGGAAUUCGGAUAACUACAGAAGGUAGCAUACAUAAUGGAACCGAUCAAUGGGAGCCAAUCGUUGAAAUAUUAACACCCUGGGAAAUCGAAAAACGUGAAAUCGAGAGAGAGAGAAAUAUACGAAGAUUAAAACGUGAAAACAUGAAGAGAGAAGUUGAUGAUUAUGGACCUAAUAAACGCAGAGCCCAUAAAAGGAGGCAUGAUGAUCUUGACUGGUGA